AUGUAAAAACUUUAGUACAAAAAGGAAGUCUUUCCUGACAUAAGGAAAAUUGUUUAUCAGCCCAUUGAUGCAGAGGGAAACCAAGUCUAGCACUCUCAUGUUUUGGUGUGGACUACUGGUGCUGGUCAAGAUAGCACAGUGUAUGAAAAACUUAUUGAAAGAGGCAAAUUCAGAGUACCUUAAGGCAUCAGGAUAGUGUUACUCUGGCCUGUGAAAGUCAAAUAUACUUACCCCUAGAGUAACGGAGAUAUGGAGGGAUUUUCUUGGUACGACUUCAGCUUAGAGUCUAAGUUUAUGAAUUUUGAGUAAUCCAAAAAGUCUGCGCUUAUUAUUAAUGAUCACAUCAAGGAAGAAUUAAAACUAUUGAAUAAUGACUAUAAGAAGCUCAUACUCUCAGGUUUUAGCGGUGGAAAUAUAACCAACUUUUAUGUACUAUUUGACUUGAUCUAGGAUUAAAUUGGGAUGAUGUUUGGGAUGUCAUCAUUUAUAUCAAUAGAGUUGGCAGAAAGAAUCAUAAAGCUAGCUGAAACUAAUGAAUAUAAAAAAGCUCAGGAUAAGAUGAGAAAUACAUAAAUAUACUCUUGGUAUGGAGACAAAGACCCAUUCUAUCUUGAUCUCCCAAACAAAGAGUUAAUGGAAAGAGUCAAAUAGGCUUGUCACUUUGAAGAAAAUUUCCAUUUGAUUGAAGAAAAUGGUCUUGCCCAUAGAGUGAGCUACAAAGGACUUGAUUAUUUCCAUGAUUUAAUUUUGAUAGCAAUUGGAUUUAUUAUAAGACAGCUAUUAUUUGAAAGAAUAGAUUCACUAAAGAGAUAUGUUUACUUCAGAACUCCGCUAAAUGAUAUAAGAUAACUAAGAGACUGCUUUGUCAAUAAUGAGUUGAGUGGAACAUACUUUUUAGAUAAGAAUUCAAUAAAUCAACCCUUACUGCUAGUAAAAUUUUAUGAUAAACUAAAUAAUCUUGGUGGGAAAGAUGAUUCCUUAACCUACAUCAAAUUAUUCCUAUCAUUAGUAGAUAUUUUAGCGGUAUCAUUGCAAUGCCUAAUAUUCAAGCAUAGUUUUGAAGUAACUUUUUAGAAUGCAACUAAAAAGCAUCAGGAUGAUCCUUCAAAAAUGAAUAACAAGUUAGAAUCAGGAAGAUAAUAUCUUUGGCUUUUUAUAAUUUGGGCAAUAUUUAAUCCGCUCUCACUCCUUUAAGCUCCAGUGUUUAAUUUACAGAUUAUAAAUCACUUUAUGAUUACUCUUGUCAUUUACAUGAACUUGAAGCAUAAAAAAUAUUCUCAAAUUUAAAGAGACUUAAUUCAAAGUAUAGCACUAUAUGUUGAUCCCACGUUACUUUAUGCUUUUAUACCUUUAGUAAUCAUUAGAAAUAUUCUUUUCUAUCGUAAUUUGAUAUCAACACUUUAAUCAAUUACAAUUUAAAUGACUGUGCUGGCACUUUUGAUAUUCUCAAGCGGAGAUGUUAGUUUAGAGUUAAGAAACUAUAAAAAUAUACUAUUUGUUAGUGAUCAUAGUGAGAAUUUAGGCUUUUUCUGGUAUAUAUUUGUAGAGUCUGAAUAAACCUAGGAGAGAAAAUAAAGAAUACUGCACACUGCUAUUGUUAUUAUCUUCUAUGUAAAUCUAUUCUAAAUUUAUGUUUUACUCUAGUUCAAAAUUGAGUUGUAUCAAUACCCAACAUUAUUCGACUUCAAUAUGAUCUUAAUGAUAGUAUUUUCUUUCUAUAAGAUUCUAAGACAUGUUGAAGGUCUAAUAAUCAUUGCUUUUGGUUUCAUUUACUGUAUGUAGAAUGUACUUUAUUUAUGGAUUACUUGGGUUGAAAGAUUCUCAGGAAAUGCUAACUUCUUCUAUUUUUAGACAAUAGUAUAUAACGCCUUUUUGACAAUUGCUUUUAUUCAAUUAUUCCAAUCACUAAACACAAAAGCAAAAAAAUUCUAGAAAUUGGCUCUAAAAGCUUAGGAAGGAAUUAAUGUUAAGGAAGUUAAAGAGUAAUCCAAAAAGGAUUAAUGA